AUGCGCCAACUUUUGAGGUUGGUUUCAGGUCUCAUCAUCAUUGUCAGUAUCUUUCUAUGUCUAUUGGCUUUUCUUAGAGUGCUCCAUUCUCAGUCCAAACUCCCACCAUCAUUCUUCAAGUCUCGGAGGUCUCAUGCUUUCAUUCAUGAAGAUCAGUUUAAAGGCCUUCCGAAAGUUGCCUUCCUCUUCCUCGUUCGUCAGGAUCUACCUCUUGAUUUUCUCUGGGACACCUUCUUCAAGAAUGGCGAUGUGGCAAAGUUCUCGAUUUAUAUUCAUUUAGAGCCUGGUUUUGCAUUUGAUGAAUCAACCACAAGUUCUGCUUUCUUUUACGGUCGACAGCUGAACAACAGCAUUCAGGUAGUAUGGGGAGAAUCAAGUAUGAUAGAAGCAGAGCGCUUACUACUUGAAGAAGCUCUGUAUGAUCCAGCCAAUCAAAUAUUUGUCCUUCUCUCAGAUAGCUGUGUGCCUCUGUACAACUUCAGUUACAUUUACAACUAUGUAAUGUCUUCUCCAAGAAGCUUUGUGGACAGAUGUCACCUACUAUACCUGAGGAGAGAUGGCGAAAAGGAUCCCAGACAUGCAGAAAUUGUUGUGGAUGACCAUACGGUUUUCCCCGUCUUCAGGAAAUUCUGUAAGCGGCAGCCACCCAUAGACCUGAGUUUGAGGAGGCAACUUCUUACAGUUCCGAAGUAUCGGAAUUUUAUCCCAGAUGAACAUUACGUGCAGAGACUACUUGCAACAACGAUACUAAGGAAAAGAAGGUCUUGGCAUCCUAUAACGUUUGAUUAUGCAGAUGCAAGCCCUUGGAAGAUGAGAGAAAUUAAGGAUAUCGACCAUGCAUACUAUGAGUACGAACAACACACUGAGUUCUGCCAUACCGGUUCCAAAAUCACUUCAUGUUACUUGUUUGCAAGAAAAUUCACUGUCGGAGCUGCCAUGCUCAUUCUGAGAGAAGGUUUGAUUGGUCCUUAUGAUGUUACUGCAAUACCAAACAUGUGA